CAACCCUGUGGCACGGCAGAGACAAGGGGCUGCUGCAGAGACUCCUUGGGCAGGCGGCAGUCUCAGCAUCCCUGGCACCCACGGGACCCCCAACUGCAUCCCUGCCCGUCCCUGCAGCUGUCACCAAGGGCCAGCGGGGGGACGGAGCAUCCUCCCACCUCCAGCCCAAACAAAAUCUAUUCUGGGUUGUGACCUGUGAGAAACCGCAGCCCAAAGUGGCGUUUGGUGAGGAAAAAAGAAAAGCCACAGGCGGCAAUUACAGCAACCCAGGGAGUGACUUGUCCCGGGGACACUGCCACAGCCCGGGCGGCCACCGCCAGAGCGAGCCAGGGGUCCCUUGUCCCCUCCGGCAUGGACCCGGCGGUGCCCAAGGCCACCCUGAAGGUGCUGGGACUGUGCGCGGCGCUGCUGGUGCUGGUGGCGGCGGUGACGGUGGCGGUGGCGGUGAUGGUGUGGCGUUCCGAGGCGCUGGGGAAGCUGCGGGGCUGCCGGGAACGGGCGGUCAACGAGAGCCGGGAGCUGGGGAAUCGCGUGGCCGAGCUGGAGCGGGAGCGAGCCCGGUUGCGGCGGGAGGAGGGAACCCUGCGGCGGCAGCUCGUCCGGGCCCGCGGCGACGGCGAGAGGCUGAACGUCAGCCUGGGGUCCUGCCGGGAGCGGGUGGCCAGGCUGGAGGCCAACACCACAGCGCUGGGGGAUGAGGUGGUGGCCCUGAGGCACGAGCAGGCUGAGCUGGCCCGAGCCAAAGCAGCUCUGCAAGGUGAGGUCUGUCUGGCCGCUAUGUCCCCCUGUCCCCCUGCCACCGUGUCCCUCUGUCCAUCCACCCCCACCGCUGCAGCAGCGUGGGAGGAGCUGGCGCGGGGCGAGGAGCUGGCGCUGGGGCUGCGGCAGCAGCUGGAGGAGGCGGCGGAGCAGCAGCGAGCGCUGCGGGGACGCGGGGAGCAGUGCGAGGCCCGGCAGAGGCAGCUUGAGACCACCCUGCGGGACUACGCGGCCGAGGUGGAGACGUGGCGGCGGCGGGGGGCGAGGGGCCGAGCGACCGGGCGCAGGUGCCCCCCGUCCCGGUAG